GCAGACUAGAUCAAAACAUCGACAGACAGAGAAGUACAGCUAAGGAAAUUUUCCUCUAUAAUUUAAAUGGUUUAGUGCAUUCUGGGAUUAAAUUCCCAGGAUACUUCAGUUAAAAGGAUGGUGACUUUAAGGAAACAAUAUGCUGUGACCAGGCCGGUUUACUCUGAGGAUGCUUUCCAUGAACAUAACAAGAAAGUCUUCAGGCUGCGGAAAACCCUCCUGGACCAUGUCAAAGAUUAUCUAACCUGUGAUUCAAAACGUGCCAAGAAUGCAGCGCUCUCUCUUCUGCCCAUUAUUGGCUGGAUGAGGAUCUACAGGGUGAAAGAGUGGCUGCUGGGAGAUGUGGUUUCAGGGAUCAGCACUGGACUGGUGGCCAUCAUGCAAGGCCUGGCCUUUGCUCUUCUAGCCUCGCUGCCUCCCAGCUAUGGCCUCUACACCGCUUUCUUCCCCGUGCUAACAUACUUCUUCCUGGGUACUUCAAGACACAUUUCUGUCGGAUCGUUCCCAGUCCUGAGCCUGAUGGUGGGAGCUGUGGUGACCCGUCUGGUCCCAGAGGAUGGACCAGCAGCCAACAUCACUGCCUUUUAUAAUCUGACCAUGAACCAGCAGAGAGUCAUAGUGGCCUCCUCGCUUACCUUCCUCAUGGGGAUUUUCCAGCUUGCCAUGGGUCUUCUUCAGGUGGGCUUUAUAGUAGUUUACCUGUCAGACACUCUGGUUUCUGGCUUCACCACAGCAGCUGCCGUCCACAUCCUGGUGUCCCAGCUCAAGUUUGUGUUAGGUCUGGAAGUCCCGGGAAUCAAUGGGCCUCUCUCUAUCAUUUAUACCCUGGAGAAAAUCUUUGCUCAGAUCACCUCCACCAACAUCUGUGACCUGGUGAUGUCCAUUAUCAUCAUGUUGGUGGUUUUCGUCGUGAAGGAGCUGAAUGACAAAUACAAAGCCAAGCUGCCUGUUCCCAUUCCUAUAGAGGUUGUCAUGACGAUCAUUGCGUGUGGACUGUCCUAUGGCUUCAACUUUGAGAAGAGAUUUGGUGUCGACAUCGUUGGUGAAAUGGUCAGCGGGUAUGAGACUCCCAUUGCCCCAAGCAUAGAAGUCUUCCAGGAGAGUGCAGUGGAGGCAUUUCCUAUUGCCAUUGUGGGGUUUGCUGUUGCCUUCUCUGUUGCCAAAGUCUACUCUAUCAAACACGAUUACACCAUCGAUGGUAACCAGGAGCUUAUUGCAUUCGGGGUAAGCAAUAUGUUUGGUGCAAGUUUCCGGUCGUUUGCAGCCAGCACAGCCCUCUCCAGGUCGGCUGUGCAGGAGAGCUCAGGAGGGCGAACACAGAUUGCAGGACUGAUCUCAGGCUUGAUGGCCAUGAUUGUGACUUUGGCGCUUGGCUUUCUGCUGGAGCCACUUCCUAGGUCCGUCCUUGGUGCCCUCGUCAUCGUGAACCUGAAGGGCAUGCUGAUGCAGUUCAGAGAAGUCCCAUACCUGUGGACGAGGGACAAAACAGAAUGUGUUGUGUGGGUUGGAACAUGUGUUGGCGCCAUCCUGCUGGGAUUGGAUCUCGGUCUGGCAGUGGGCCUGGGGGUGGAGCUGCUCACGGUCGUCUUCAGGACUCAAUUUCCCCGCUGUUCUGCUCUGGCAAACAUCCCAGGGACUGAGCUCUACAGAGACCGCAAAGAUUACAUCUAUAUAAACGAGCCACCAGGUGUUAAAAUCUUCAGGAUACCCUCGCCAAUCUUCUUCGCUAAUAUUGACUUCUUUAAGGAGAAACUUACAGAAGCUGUUGGGUUUAACCCUCUGAGAGUUUUAAGGAAAAGAAACAAGGCUUUCAGGAAAAUCAAGGCCCUGCUAAAGACAGGGAAUAUAAACAUGACAGAGAAAGGCAUGAGGGAUUUUUUCUCCCAGAUGGCUGAUGAGUCUCAUAUAAACAUGGAGGAGUUGGAUCUGCCGUCUGAUUUCAAUGACCUCCCCUCUAAAAUCUGCUGGAACGCUGAGCUGCCCAACAAUAUCAGUGUUCCUAAAGUGGACAUCCACAGCCUGAUCCUUGACUUCUCUGCUGUCUCCUUCCUGGACAUCUCUGCAAUGAAAGGACUCAAAACGGUACUCAAAGAGUUCAUGCAUAUUGACGUUGAUGUUUACAUUGCGUCGUGUGACGAGUACGUCCUGGAGAAACUAAACAAUUGUAUGUUCUUCGACGAUGAGAUUCAGACCUCCAUGUUCUUCCCCACCAUUCAUGACGCCAUGAUGCAUGUGCUUGAUAAACAAAAGGACGUGUGUAAAGGCUAUGUGAAACCGGAUUGGACAGAAGCAACAGAAGACUUGUAGUGGCAUAGAUAAAAAUCUAAAUCUCAGAUACGCCGCUGUAGAGGGACAAUGGUCUCCUGGAGGAAAUAUCCAAACCUUGUACACGUGCUGUUUUAUAUUCUGUAUCAUUAUAGUCUACUGUUCUAGUCAGCAGUAUUUUGUACAUUUAGCUGUAAAAUAGAUUUUUUUAAACUGCAUUAGAUACUUGUCUUUUGAAGCACAUCACAUGAUGGUUUAAUGAUUGUCUUAUUGUCACAUGUUACACUCAACAAAAGUGUCAUUUUCCAGCCUGUCUCUGAUAAAUUUAACAUGUUAAUGAGAUUAAAUAAAUG